CCUCUGGAACACCUUUCGGCUGCCCGCUCCCCAGACACACCUGCAGCCCUGCCCAGCCGGCUCUGCUCACCCACCGCUUGUAAAUGCCCCAGACAUGAGCCAGCCCAGGCCCCGCUACGUGGUAGACAGAGCUGCAUACUCCCUCACCCUCUUCGAUGAUGAGUUUGAGAAGAAGGACCGGACAUACCCACUGGGAGAGAAACUUCGCAAUGCCUUCAGGUGUUCCUCAGCCAAGAUCAAAACCACGCUGUCUGGGCUGUUCCCCGUGCUCUCUUGGCUCCCCAAGUACAAGAUCAAAGACUACCUCGUCCCGGACCUUCUUGGAGGCCUCAGCGGUGGAUCCAUCCAGGUCCCACAAGGCAUGGCAUUUGCUCUGCUGGCCAACCUUCCUGCAGUCAACGGCCUCUACUCCUCCUUCUUCCCCCUCCUGACCUAUUUCUUCCUGGGGGGCAUACGCCAGAUGGUGCCAGGUACCUUUGCCGUUAUCAGCAUGCUGGUGGGUAACAUCUGUCUGCAGCUGGCCCCAGAGUCGAAAUUCCGGGUCUUCAACUAUACCACCAACGAGAGCUACGUGGACACGGCAGCCAUGGAGGCGGAGAGGCUUCACGUGUCAGCGACACUAGCCUGCCUGACUGCCAUCAUCCAGAUGGGCCUGGGCUUCGUGCAGUUUGGCUUUGUGGCCAUCUACCUCUCCGAGUCCUUCAUCCGGGGCUUCAUGACGGCCGCCGGCCUGCAGAUCCUGAUCUCCGUGCUCAAGUACAUCUUUGGACUGACCAUCCCCCCCUACACGGGCCCAGGGGCCAUCGUCCUUACCUUCAUAGACAUUUGCAAAAACCUCCCCCACACCAACGUCGCCUCGCUCAUCUUCGCCCUCAUCAGCGGUGUUUUCCUGGUGCUGGUGAAGGAGCUGAAUGCCCGCUACAGGCACAAGAUCCACUUCCCCAUCCCUACAGAGCUGAUUGUGGUGGUGGUGGCAACAGCUAUUUCCGGAGGCUGCAAGAUGCCCAGCAAGUAUCAGAUGCAGAUUGUGGGAGAGAUCCAACAGGGGUUCCCCACUCCCGUGUCGCCUGCGGUUUCGCAGUGGAAGGACAUGAUUGGCACAGCCUUCUCCGUGGCCAUCGUGGGCUAUGUCAUCAACCUGGCUGUGGGCCGGACCCUGGCCAGCAGGCACGGCUAUGACGUGGAUUCUAACCAGGAGAUGAUCGCCCUGGGCUGCAGCAACUUCUUCGGCUCCUUCUUUAAAAUCCAUGUCAUUUGCUGUGCCCUCUCCGUCACUCUGGCUGUGGACGGCGCUGGAGGGAAGUCUCAGAUCUCAAGCCUGUGCGUGUCCCUGGUGGUGAUGAUCACCAUGCUGGUCCUGGGGACCUAUCUGUACCCUCUCCCCAAGGCCGCAGGGUCAGGCAUUUGCAGGAUGGGCCGGAGGAAGGGGACACCCCGGGUAACAGGGAGCAAUGUUCUGCUUCCCCAGUCUGUGCUAGGAGCCCUGAUAGCUGUCAACCUCAAAAACUCCCUCAAGCAACUCGCCGACCCCUACUACCUGUGGAGGAAGAGCAAGCUCGACUGUUGCAUCUGGGUGGUGAGCUUCCUCUCUGCCUUCUUCCUGAGCCUGCCGUAUGGCGUGGCGGUGGGCGUCGCCUUCUCCGUCCUGGUUGUGGUCUUCCAGACCCAGUUUCGAAAUGGCUAUGCUUUGGCCCAAAUCACAGACACUGACAUUUAUGUGAACCCCAAGACCUAUAUUAAGGCCCAGGAAGUCCAGGGGGUUAAGAUCGUCACUUACUGCUCCCCGCUCUAUUUUGCCAACUCGGAAAUCUUCAGGCAGAAGGUCAUUGCCAAGACGGGUGUGGACCCCCAGAAGGUGCUGCUGGCCAAGCAAAAAUGCCUCAGGAAGCAGGAGGAGGGGAAAAUCAUGCCCAAGCAACAGAGGAAGUCUCUGUUUAUGAAAACCAAGACUGUCUCCCUGCAGGAGCUUCAGCAGGACUUUGAGAACCCCUCCCCCACGGACCCCAACAACAACCAGACGCCUGCUAAUGGUGCCAGCGUGUCCUACAUCACCUUCAGCCCUGACAGCGCCACAGCUGCCAGCUGUGAGCCACCAGCCCCUGCUGAGAUCCCCAGUGAGCCCAGUGACAUGCUGGCCAGCGUCCCACCCUUUGUCACCUUCCACACCCUCAUCCUCGACAUGAGUGGGGUCAGCUUUGUGGACUUGAUGGGCAUCAAAGCCCUGGCCAAGCUGAGCGCCACCUUCGGGAAGAUCGGUGUGAAGGUCUUCUUGGUGAACAUUCACGCCCAGGUGUACAAUGACAUUAGCCACGGAGGUGUCUUUGAAGAUGGGUGUCUAGAGCGCAACCACGUCUUUCCCAGCAUACACGACGCGGUCCUCUUUGCCCAGGCAAAGACCAGCAAAGUGGCCCCAGGACAUGACUUCCAAGGGCCUCCAGUGGACCCUGAGCUGUCAUUGUAUGAUUCAAAGGAUGACGUCCCCAGCUACUGGGACUUAGAGCAGGAGAUGUUCGGGAGCAUGUUUCACGCAGAGACUCUGACCGCCCUGUGAGGGCACAGCCGGUUCCGUGCUGCCUCCAGAGCGCCUGGCACCUGGGGCCCCUAUGAAGGAUGAGCCUGGGAUCACAGGGAGUGGCGGGUAGAGGAAAACGCCUCCACCAGGACUCCAGUACCUCUCCAUCCUCCUCCUCAUCCUCUCCCAUCCCCCCACCUCCCUCCUGACAUCUCUAGAGCAAGCCUAUCUCUGCAGCAGGGAGAGCCACCUCUUCACCCUUCUGCUGAUCCUCAGGGCCCCAGCCAGCAACGAGCAAGCCUCCUGCUCACUCCCCCACACCCACCCGCACCCUGUCCGUGGCAGCUGAUGGGACUCCUGACUGUCGGCCUUUGAGAGUGAGCCAGGAACAGACGGGAAACCAUGUGCGGACACAGGGUGCAAGCUUCAAAAGUAUCGUGGGGCCAGCGUGGCUUGGUGUCAGAUGAUGUCAAGCUGUCACAGGACACAGGGAUGAACUAGCUUAGGACUCUGUGACUUGCCCCCUCCAGCUGCCCCAAGUCUGUCCUUGGUGGCUCUGCACCCCUAGGACCAUGUUCUCCCACAAAGCAGGGAUCUCUGUCUUGGUGACUAUGUCCCCUUCCUCUUCAUCUCAAGGCUGUAAGAACCUCCACUGCUAUUUAGCACAUCAGACUCUGGCCUGGGGAGUGGCCACCAGAGCUACCUUCCCAGGGGCAGCCCACCAAGUAGCUGCCCCAGCCUCCUGAAGCAUGACCAUGCCCCCUGCCCUCAGGGGCUGUUCCCUUCCACUUGAGACUGGGUGGGGACCCAAAAGGGACAGCGGGGUAGCUGGCAGAAUCCUCUGGCAACCUAGCAACAGAUACCAGUUCUUCGGCACAAAAGCUUUCGGGAAUCCCUCUUUGUACUGGAGACACAGAGAGGGAAGGGGUGCUAGUGUCAACCCAGGGCAAACUGGUGGGACCUGGGCCCUGACAGUCCCCCUCACCUCAGAAAUGCCUCCCCGACUUGGGAAAUCUGCCUUGUUCUCUUCGUUUGGCAAAGAGCCAACGAUUUUAACUCUCCCUUAUCAGCUUGGGGCCUGAAUCGUUCAGCCAGGUGAGGGAGGCUGCCCCUCCCCACCCCAAGGUCACACCCCAGCGGAGAACAGGACAUGGAGCAGGGCUGAUUCAAACUGAGUCUUCCUCCACAGGCCGCCCUUCACAAACUUGAGAACUGAGGUCAUCUCCUCCUAGGGAAGAUGAGAAGAGGGAUUACGUUCUCCAUAUAUAUAAGAAGGUAGAGGCACCCCACUGUUGACUUGAAAAUAAACAGGUCCUACGUGCGAGUGUUUGGGAAAUUUUCCAUGGACAUGCACAGAAAACCUUUUGGCCUCUCCCCGCCGCUUCUCCCAAGCUCUUUCAGUGUAAUGACCCCUGCCCCACAGGCUGGGCUGGCCCAGCCUGGAAAAACGUCCGAAUUCCCAACUUCAGCCUGACCUGCAUUGUGUGGUCUGCGUAUGUUGAGUGAAGCGGUCAGCAAGCAAGUCUUCUUAGAGUUAAAGGAGGGGGUGCUGUCGAAAAGCCAACAGAUUCUUGGCUUACAAGCAUUGCUUCUCUGAGAAUUCAUUAUGCCAUCUGGCUGCCAAUUGAACUCAAAACUUGGAAGGCCGAAGACAAUGUUAUCUGGGGUUCACUGUGCCCAGCACCCGAAGUGCCAAAUUUCAAGAGGACAAGAACCUUAGCCAAUGAAAAUUCACCGUCCCCUGCUCCACCUCCUGCAAAGUCCAGCUCAGGCCCAAGAGAUGGGGGAAGAUCACAGAGCCUUGGGACAUCCCAAGUCAGAGGUGCCCUUUGAACCAAAUGUCCAGAACCCCUGAGGACUUGAGGAAGUGACCGUUAACACCCAGGCCAGCUCCAGACCUAAAAGGGAUUUCUGACUCCUGGUGGCCUGGAAAUGGGGCUCAAGGAGAGAUCCUGCAGUAAGUUCAAGGGUGUAAGUAUUCACAGAGCCCACAGUGUAGGUAAGCUUAGAAACACUGGGGUGGAUGAAGACCGUGAAGAAAACGUCACUGUUGGAAUACUUUGGAAAGAACACAGAUUCACACAGACCACUCACUGGACCUGACCAAGGCAGGAAAGGAAGGCAAGGCAGUGAAACAAUCCAGAAUUUCAAUACUUUUAAAUGUUCUUAGUGAUACUGACCUGUGAUGAUGUGGUUCCGGGGGAGACCGGGACUCUUGAGAUGUUUGUGUAAUUUAUUUAAUUUAAACGUCAUUCUCCUUUUGUUCAUUUUGCUAAUAAAGUGGUUUUGAAAU